AUGCCUUUUGGAUUAUAUGAAUAUCAACAAAAAUUGUUUUCAAAAAAUUUUAACAAUGAUCCUCAAUAUUUGAAAAAAUAUAGAACUGUUAUAGAGGAAGCAGGGAUCGAUUACGAUUGCGCGGUGGAGUUUUUCUUAACGAUGAAUGCUGAAGCUGUUGGGGCUGUUGAAAAUAAUGAUAUGGUUAUGUUUAAGCGCAUAAAAAUCCCAGAGAGCGUUGUUUGGACAGCUCAAAGAUCGGAACUGAGGAUGACUGCUAUUAUUCAAUUAACUAUUAAGGAUCAUGAUAGCUGGAUUCGUGCGUCUCAAAAGAAACUCCCAACACCUUACAUAACAAGGUCGAUAUUGAAAUACAGAUCUUCAAAUUUGACUUUGUCAGUGGAUAAUUACAUAGAGCCAUUCACUCAAACUAAACUGGAAGAACUGAACCUAUCGGAAGUUAUGAUCAUCAAAAACAUAGUUGUCAACCGGCUUCUUUUUGCAAACGUUAUCAUUUCAAAGCUCAGUGAGGGUUUGAGAUUUUCAACACUUCCUUGUCAAACAGAAAUGAAAAAUGGUUAA